UAGAGGGGCCGGGCCGGCCAGGCCGGGCCAGAGGAGCUGGUAGGUGCCCAGUGGAACUCAUUCUUCCCUCGGCAGGGCGGGCCCAGGAUGCAGUCGCCAGCGGCGAAGGAGGCUGGGCGCAGGGGCCCGCGGGAGCGAACAGGAAAGGGGUCCCGUGAGGAGCGCGCCAAGGGGCCGCCCGCGGCGGAGCCCCCCAAGCCGGGUUGGGCCCUAUCGCCGGAAGGCCUGGCGGCCAUGCGCCCCCCGCAGCGCCACCGCCACCUGCUCUUCGGGGACCUGCUUGAGGACGUGGGCGUGGCCGCCUCCGUCUUCCCCCGUGAGUCAGUGGAGCUGGGGUACCAUAUGCCCGACCCGCGCGCGUGGACGCAGUCACUCGAGCUGCCCGCAGUGCGCCAGGACAUGCUCCUCGGCGUCCUCAAGGCAGCGGAGGCCCGAGGACGAAUCCGUGCCCUGCGGCUGCGCUACAUCCGCAUGCGGGCGGAGGAGAUCUCGCUCCUCAUCCUGCAGCAGAAGUCCGCGCGCGCCGCCAUCCGGCUGGAGCUGUUCCUGCCGCCGCGGCUGAAGCCAACGCGGAUCCCAGACCCCCUGGACCGUCAAGAGGUGCCCACAGGCCGGGGAAGGGGCGGAGGGGGGGUCCCCGCCCUCCUCCCCGUACACUUGGCCCCAACCCCUCUCACCCGCAGAGGAGGCGCGUGGAGACCAUUCUAGAGGAGAAAGUUGAUGGCAGCAUCUUCCCACGUUGACUGGGACCCCACAGGAUGCGAACGCGCCCCACCCUCCCAUAUAAAGUUCUCAUUGUCCAAGCGCCCCCUGGUCGUUAC